AUGGGGUGUUUUUUUGUUGGGGGGUGGGGUGGGGGGGGGGUGUUGGGGUGUGGGGAGUUUGGGGGGGUUUGGUGGUUGGGGUGGGGUGGGGGUGGGGGAGAAAGCCCGUUCUCCACCCCUUGUGGGGGGGGGGGUGUGUUUUUGUGGGUUUGGGGGGUGGGUGAUUGGGGGGGGGUGAGGAAGCCGGUCCCCCCCCCCCCCCCCUCCCCUGUGGGGGGUGUGGUGGGGUUGGGGGUGUUGGGGGUUGUUGGGGGUAUGGGGGUGGGGAGAAGCCCCCCCGUUCCCCCUUGGGGGUGGGGGUUGUUGAUGGGGGGGGGGGGGGUUGGUGGUGGGGGGGGGGGUUUUGGUGGGGGUGGAAAAGAGCGUCUUGUUUUGUGGGGGGGGUGGGGGUGGGUUUUGGUGGGUUGUUGUAGGGGUGGGUUUGUUGGGUGGGGGGGGGGGGGUGUUUGUGGGGGGUGGGGGUGGGGGGGGUGGGGGUUUUGGGGGUGGUGUUGUUUUUUGGUGUGGGGGUUUUUUUUGGGGGGGGUUGGGGUUUGGGGAUUUGGGUGUUGGGUUGUAUUUUGA